AUGAUUAGGAAUCAACAAGAUAAUGAAUACAAAGGCAAAUACCUUGGGAAAUUAAAUGUAUAUCAUCAUCAGGUUAAUGGUGAUGUUUAUGCAGUUGAUGAAUAUACACUUUUACUCACAUCAUUCAAUUAUGAUGGGAAUGGAGCAGAUACAUUUUUUUGGGCUGGAGCUUCAAAUCGUCCAGGAUCUCAAGGUUUUAUUGUACCAGAUGAAUAUGGCAAAACCAAUGUUCUUAUGCGGUAUCACAACAAAGAUUUUACUUUAAAUUUGCCAGAUAAUAAAAAAAUCACUGAAAUUAAAUGGUUUGCAGUUUAUGAUUUGUCAACACAGAACAUUUUCGGCGAUAUAUAUAUUCCUGAGGAAUUUGAUCCACCAGCACCACAAAGAAUUACACAGCUCUCAAAAUCAUUGCAUAAUGUGUCAUCAGAAUCCAUUAUUAUAUUGGAUGCCAAAACUAUUAGUAUUCAAAAACUUACGUAUAAUAGAAAAGGUGAGGAUACCUAUUUUUUAGUAGGUCAAGGCUCACAACCAUCACCAAAAGGUAUGAAAGUUCCAGAUGAAUAUGGGUACUUAGAUCCACUUCGAUCAUAUAACGAAGACAAUGUGAUCAUUCAGUUGCCUGGAGAAACUACAAUUUUUGAUAUUGAUUGGUUAAGUAUCUAUGAUGUCAAAACGAAAACCAACUUUGGUUCUGUUACCAUUCCAAAUAAACUUAAUGUACCGCCAUCUCUUGUUAAAAUCAUUAAGCAUUCCAAAUCAAUGCCAAAUUGUAUACAACUUCAUAAAAGACUUCAAAUAGGCUGGGAAAUCUUUGGACCUCAAAUAACACUCCAACUUACUGGUCAAAUUUCUGAAUUUGAAUAUAUGGCAUUUGGAAUUUCUGGUUCACAAGAUAAGAGUCAAAUGGAAGGGGCAGAUAUAACGAUUGCAUACAUGGACGGUACUAGAGGUUUUGCCACUGACUAUAAUAUUACUGCAAAAACGCCAUGUGCCAAAGUUCUAGGACAAUAUAAAGGAGUGUGUAAAGAUGAACUUGUAGGUGGUCAAGAUAGUAAUCAACUUUAUACUGCGGUUAGAGAUAAUGAAAUAACUAUCAUUACUUAUAGAAGAUUUUUAGUUUCUCCUGAUCCAGGAGACAUGGAAUAUCUUACCAAUGAGCCUGUGUUUAUUAUAUGGGCACUUGGAAGAUUAGAUGAAAAUAACGAGCCUAGCUUUCAUGAUAUUUAUCCAAAAAGUCAUUUAAAACUUGAAUUUGGCCAUACAAUGUCUGAAAAUACCUGUAUGGAUUUUACAGUUAUUCAUGAAAAAUUGAGAAAGUCUUGGGAAAAGGAAGAGAUAUUUGAUAGAAGCAUAAGAACAUUUAAAGCAACUGUAGGACUAUCUGGAGGAACAAGAGGCUACCAAGCUAUUACUGGUCAAACAUCAAUGGGUCUAGCUUGGUACAUAAAUGGCCAGUUAGUUCCUGAACUCUAUCUACGUCGGGGUUUAAUUUACAAUUUCCUAGUUUAUGGAGGCAAUAAUCCUCAUAGUCCAAAUCUCUAUCAUCCACUAAUUAUAACCGAUGAUCCCCAUGGUGGCUAUGACAGACUGAGUGAUGUUGCUCAAAACAAAAUUCGGGUUUUAGCCGGCGUCGAAUUCACGAGAAGAGGACGACCAAGACCUACAGCAGUUGGACCAUUAUGUUUAAGUAAUCAUAGUAUUCAAGAUAGAAGACUUGAUGAUGAUUUUCCAACCUUUCAAAAAUUCAACAGAACUUUGAUUCACUUGUGUGAACCUGGAGAUGCAGGAAUAUUGGAAGUAACCCCAAAUUUUACCUGGCCAGAUAUUGUUUAUUACAAUUCUUUUACUCAUGCAAAUAUGGGGUGGAAAAUUCAUGUAGUUGACGCCUACUCUAAAAAUAUUGCUACUUCAAUAAGUCUUAGUUAUAUAAUAAUAUUUUUAACAAGUAUAUUAAUGAUACAAUAAUAUGGUUAGU